CGUUUGUCCAUUCCUAAAAUCUUAUUCACACACUAGUUCAUUCACAUUCGCGCUUGGGUCCCCAUAGGAAGUUUCAGUAGGGAAGUGAUUUCAUAAGAUCGAGGAGGAAUUUUAUUGCGUCCUGUUCAGGCAAACGACAAUAUAACCAUGGAAUUACUGUAUUAUGUACUGUUCAGCGACCUUUUGGGGCUAAUUGUGUCUAGAGUUUGAGUCUAUAGACACUGUUUCGUGCGGAGGUUUUGGGUUGAACUACGCUGGAAAGCAGAAAAUAUGCGAGCUUCGCCCUAACAUUGGAGUAAACCUGAGCGGACUCGCCAGCCUGGGCGCAGCGGAGUAUUUGGUUUUAUCCCGAGGAAGUCUCCGUGUAGAGAAAUAAACAUGAUUUUAACUCAGAUGGAGGCCAAAGAGGCGUGCACCUGGCUCCGGGCUGCCGGUUUCCCACAGUACGCCCAGCUGUACGAAGAUGGCUUGUUCCCCAUUGAGAUUGUGUCUGUGACCAGGGACCAUGAUUUCCUGGACCGAGAUGCCAUCGAGGCUCUGUGCAGGAGACUGAACAUUCCUCAACAAGUGUGCCCUGAUGAGACUGAGAUCUCCCCACAGAGAAAGAGAAGUGAGGAUUCAGACGAGGAAGAGCUAUGCGCCAUCAGUGGCCUUUGGACCUUCCAGCGGGACAGCAAGCGCUGGUCUCGCCUGGAGGAGCUGGAUGUCUUCUUCCUCCCGGUGGAAACCAGCCGCCUUUCCCCAGGUCCAGAGACCCUCGGCCGGUCAGGGCAGCUCCGCGAGGGCCUGAGCUCCGAGAGUGUGCUGGACGGAUCUCAGCGAGCAGCCCGAGGUGGCCUCGCUUCACAGCAGCGGGAGUGUGGGAGAGGGAGGGAUAGUCGAUGGUGCCACAUCUAG